AUGUUCAACCUUUCCGGAAACACCAAGCUGCGUGGCAUUGGCUACAGGGCUCUCAAUGUCCUGCGUCCCUGCAAUAUUAUCGCUCUGAUCGCCAUCGUCGCCGCCAGCUGGGUCAUGAUUGUCAUCUCGGGCGUCACCGGCCAGUUCUUCUUUUUCGACGCCAUCACCCACGUCUUCACCUCCUCGAUCGCCAUCUUCCUCAUUCUCACCGAGAUCCAGUGGGGCUUUCUCAAGCGCUAUUUUGAGCGCUCUUGGCCCGCCUUCUCUGACCGUCACGGCUUCCUUUGGCUCGGUCUCGCUAUGGUCGUUCUCGGCUGUGAUAUGCUCGGCAACCUCAACAAGCCCGUCUUCAGCAUCAAGAACAUAGGCCUGCCCCUGUGGCGCCUCAUCAUGGCCGCCGGCAUCCUGUCGCUGACCUUUGGCUUCUUCAACUUUGUGGCCACCAUAAUCUUCCGCGACGGCCCAUCCGGCCUGACAGCCCGCAUGAUCCGCGCUGACGGCAACCUCGCCGACGGCGGCAAGCUUGGCUCUGGUAUUGGCAGCGGCAACCCUGCCGACUACUACGCCGCCACCUCGUCAAACAUCUCCCGCAGCAACACCCGCCGCUACAACAAGGAGGAGAUGACGUAUGGCAGCAGUGGAAGCAGCCUGGGCGACGAAGAGAGCGCGGCAGCCAAUAACCCGCCUGUCAACCGCUUCAAGCGCAUGACCCAGGUCUUCAAGAAGAGUCCGUUUCUGGCCCACGGCCAAGGCGGUCUUGCUGGCAAGAAGAUCCAGAUUAGUCACCCGCUGCCUGUUGGCAACUACGACGACGAGACGGCCGGUAUUGCCAACCAAGGCGCCAGUGUGGGUAUGGGAGGCGGUGACUACUACAGCCACACCAACGACGCCGCUACGGUUGUCGAUGACAACGACCGCGAUCACGACCGUGAUCACGACGCCCGCAGCGAGUACCACGAGGACCGCUCCAGCCCCAUCAUACCCGAGAUCCGCCGCCCGCCCACGGCGCAGCACCCUGCCAUGAGCAGCCAUUACAGCGUUGCCAACAUGUCGCGGUUCUAG